UAUUUUAUAUUUUAUUUUCAAGUAUGACGAUUAGGAAUAUCCCUUUCCCUAUAUAAAGAAAACUUCGAUUUUCUCACAGCUGCACUACUCCCUCCCUCUCUCCUGUAAAGUUUGCUCUUCUUUUUCUCCUUCAUUGAAGCAGAUUCUGAGGUUGCUUUUAUAUUCUAUUUCAUCUGUAGCACAUGAUGGCCGCAACAACAGCUACAAACUUUUCCUCUGCAUCAAUUGCUUCCGGCAAUGUAAAGGUAGGCUUGGUUCCAAAAAUGAAGUCAUCAGGUCUUCAGAUGAAAUCUACCCAUGAUUUUAGGGAUUUCAGUGGUCUUAAAGCAGCCGCAUCUCUAACCUGUGAAUCAGAGUCUUCAUUUCUUGGUAAAGAUGGUGUUACUGCCCUGCGAAAUUCUUUCCAAACAAAAGCUGUGACACAAAACAUCCAGUCCCUUGCUUCUCUGCAACCAAAGAUUCAAGCUUCCUUUAAAGUGGCCGUUCUUGGAGCUGCUGGAGGGAUUGGUCAACCAUUAUCACUUCUGGUCAAGAUGUCCCCACUGGUCUCGAAUCUUCAUCUUUAUGAUAUAGCAAAUGUCAAGGGAGUUGCUGCGGACCUAAGCCAUUGCAAUACACCCUCAGAAGCUUUAGCUUUCACUGGGCCUGAGCAGUUAGGAGAUGCCCUAAAAGGGGUGGAUGUAGUUGUUAUCCCUGCUGGUGUUCCAAGAAAACCAGGAAUGACUCGAGAUGACCUCUUUAAUAUCAAUGCUGGCAUAGUGAAGACUUUGGUUGAAGCAGUUGCUGACAACUGUCCAGAUGCCUUUAUUCACAUAAUCAGCAACCCUGUGAAUUCAACUGUGCCAAUUGCUGCAGAGGUGCUGAAACAAAAGGGUGUUUAUAAUCCUAAGAAGCUUUUUGGUGUUACUACUCUAGAUGUUGUUAGGGCAAACACAUUUGUUGCCCAAAAAAAGAAUCUGAAACUCAUUGAUGUAGAUGUGCCAGUGAUUGGUGGACAUGCUGGUAUAACCAUUUUGCCUCUAUUGUCUAAGACAAAACCCUCUGCGAGCUUUACUGAUGAAGAGAUAGAAGAACUAACUGUAAGAAUUCAGAAUGCUGGGACAGAGGUUGUGGAAGCCAAAGCUGGGGCUGGUUCUGCGACACUGUCUAUGGCCUAUGCUGCUGCUAGAUUUGUGGAGUCUUCUCUUCGUGCCCUUGAUGGAGACUCAGAUGUGUAUGAGUGCUCGUUUGUGCAGUCAGAGUUAACUGAUCUUCCUUUCUUCGCAUCAAGAGUUAAGCUGGGAAAGAAUGGAGUAGAAGCUUUUCUGAAUUCUGACCUGCAAGGACUAACUGACUAUGAAUCCAAGGCUCUUGAAGCUCUUAAGCCUGAACUCACAGCUAGCAUCGAGAAGGGUAUUGCUUUUGCUAACAAAUAAUCAGUUAAUGCUUGAUCUUCUCUUUAAGGUAUGUAGUUCGGCAUGAAAAUGCCCAGAAUUUUAUGAUGUUAGACUUGGUCGUCGCUCUCAUUUUUGUAGCUUGAUAGAGUUUAAUUUCCAUUUAAAAAUAAUUGUGUGAGGCUCAAAUGUUGUUUGAGAGGCUUUGGUGGAGCAACUUGGCUUGUGAUCACUGCUGUGAGAAAAGGCUUUUAUUGUUUUUAUUGUCGGUGCUCUCUAUCAUGUUUAAGUUGUCUGUAAGUUGGCUAGAGCAGUGAUUUCUCAAGCCAAGCCUGUUAGCCUGAACAGAGCUGCGGAAUAUUUUGUUGAGAUCAGUUUGAAAAUAAUGUCAGUGAGAAUUGUGGCUGCUUCUAACAUUCUAA